AUGGCCGUUGAAGAUAUGAAUGCAUGUGCAGAAUGUGGCUAUACGACGAACAAUUUUGCCGAAUUUACUGAGCAUAUCGAACAGCACGAAAGCGAGCAGCUCUGUCUUCUUCAACAACAACAACAACAACAGCAACAACAGCAGCUUCAACAAGAUGACAGCAUUAUUCGAAGCGAUCAUCAAACCAGCAAUCAGCAGGAAUGGUCUUGUGAGGAUGUAGCUGAUGAAUCGGCGACAACUAUCUCAUCACCCGAACAGUCUCCACUGAUCACCUACGGUGUCUUAUCACGUUCGUUAUCACCUUUAUCAGCUGUCAGUAAUCCGACUACAACUGCCACUUCGAAACGAAUCACCAAUUCAACCUCUGCAACUGCAACCGCUUUAACAACAAACAAUCAUAAUGGCAGUAAUAGUAAUAAAACAGUGCAUUCAUGCCCGCACUGUAAUUUCACAACGUUUAUGUCGCAACAUAUGAAAAGUCAUUUGGAAGCGCACGAACGUCAUCAAGGACAAAUGUAUCAGUGUGAUAUAUGUCACAUGCAAUUCAGCCAGAAAGCAAAUAUGCAUCGGCAUCGUAUGCGACAUUCGGGUGUUAAACCCUACCAAUGCAGAUAUUGCUUAAAGAAGUUCUUUCGUAAAGAUCAGAUGCAAGAGCAUUCAAUGACGCACAUAAAAACGGGUGCUGAUUUCGAUUGCCCAGUCUCAAUGUGUGAUCAACAAUUCAGUCAGCAUUCGGGUCUUCGCAAUCAUUUAGACGAAAUGCAUACGAUAUCACCAUCGUCACCAGCCUCAUGUAAACGCUGCUCACUGCUGUUCUCGAACUCUCGACGCCUUUUACUACAUUACCAAACGAAGCAUGAUGAGGGCGAUACCUCUGGUAUUGUUGUGAUGCCAUCUGGCGAAGUGCUCGGCACUAACACGUCGUUGUCAUCAUCCUCCUUAUUCAGAACUGCUUCUGACUCAACCAGCAGUACUGGAUCAAUGCCUACUGCUAGUUCUGUUGCAAAUGCACCUCCAGUCGCUAAGAAACGACGCUCAUCAACUUUUGCUUCAUCAUCACUACCAACACAAACCAUUAAUAGUAGUUGUAGUAGUAGUAGUAGUAGUAGUAGCACUAGUAGCACUAGUAGCACUAAUGCGAAUGAAAAUAAGAGUAAUGAGAACAGUGAUAAUAACAAGAAUGGUAAUCCUCUUAUGAAUCCACCAACAGCUAUCGACACUAGCAGCCUAUCAAUAUCGCAGAAUAUAUCAGCUGCAAUACGCCAUCAACUGAAACUUAUCCAACAACAAGACUACAGUUUGAAUGCACUCGAAAAGAAGUUAGCCUAUUGUCAAGAUUAUGAACAAAAUCCCUAUACGGUUACUAAUGAAGAACUGUUAAUGUCGUUAUCGAAUGCUGCCACACUACCGUCAAUGUUCAGUGAUGCAAAAGCUGAAGCUGCAAUGCAACUGUGGACUCGUGAAGGGAACAGUGCAAGUAGUAGUGAUAAUACAGAAGAGCAGUCUCAUUCACCAUCGGUCGAUAGCAGUAGUAGUGCAGUGGAUGGUGAGAUUGGCGAUAAAGAACAACAGGUAAUAUUUCAGGAAUGCAUGCAUUGUGGAAUGAUAUUUCUGGAUCAAACAUUGUAUUUGCUUCAUAAAGGGUUACACUCUGAUUCUGACCCAUGGAAGUGCAACCUUUGUGGGCAUCCAUGUGGCGACAAAUAUAUGUUCACAACGCAUGUGAUCAGUUCGGAUCAUAGUUGUUGA